AUGUCAAAAACAAGAGCCCAAUCUGCUUUAGAAAAGCUAAUUCAAUCUCAGAGAGAUCCUCAAUCACAGAAAGAGGGCUAUUUUCAACAGAAACGACUUGCAAAGAAGGAACGUGCUUUUGAACCCGAAAAAAUUGCUCUAGAGGAAAAACGGAAACAAGAAGAGAAGCAAUCAGAAGUUCUUAAAUAUUUAAAGAGAACCAUGCGAGUUGAAGAUGCCGAGAAAGCUGUCCAUGAUAUGAUAUCCAAAAAGAAUGAAUCAAACAAGAAGAGAAAAAGAAAAGAGAAAAAGAUAAAUGACGACGAUUACGGCGUCUUCGAAGAUGACGGCCUUGUUCUAUAA